GAUCCAACUCCGCAAGCGCUGCGCCAUGUUGUUUCAGCGGUGUAUGUGUGUGAUGCGUUCUAUCGAAUUUUGGGCAUAGAAGACCAACAAAACGGCCGUUUUCGUCGUUCGUACUGUGCUCCAGGCGCUCAUUCCGCUCACUCAACGGUCAGUGAAGGUGAAGAACUGUAGGCUCUUCGGAAUUAGGAGUUACACGUUUGUGAAAUAACGCCAUGCCUCCGCGCAAAAAUAUUGCGCGCCGGGGUCGUAAGUCGGCGACUCAGGGCAGAUGUGCGGGAACGCCAGCAGCGUCCGCAUCCGGCACAGCGGAGCAGCUGGAAAGCAGCAAGCUAACAGCUGCGGUGGUAGUCGUGGAGAAGCUAUCAGAUUCUGUGGUUGCCCAAAAGACGCCGGCGUUGCCACGCAAGGCGCCCGCCGAGGCUUGCGCCGCCAUUGAGCCCAGUGCCAAGAAGAGCAAGCUCUCGGCCGCCCCGGCUGCAGAGCCUGAACCUGUGCCUGAACCUGUGCCCGAACCGACGGAACCGGAAGACGGGACAGCCUACGACGACGUAUCAGAAGACGAAGAAGCCGAAAUCGAGGAGGAAGACGCCACGUGCGAAGCGCUGGUUCUUGACGUCGACGACGACGAGGGCGGGUCGCCGGGGCCUAGCGACGAUCAGAAGGCGGACGACGAGGACCACAAGAGUGGCGCAGAGGAGGACUCCAUGCCUGCCGAAGCUGAGAAGAACGCCGAGGAGGACGUCGAGGAGAACGCGGAUGGUGCCGCCGACGCGGAUACCUCUGCGGACGCGGAGGAAGUGUGCGACGAGGCGGCACCAGACGACGAGGAGUGCGGUGUCCAGGACGAGAGCGCGGAGAACAUGAACGGCGAGGAAUACGCGGAAUUGGACGAAGAGGAGAUUGUCGAGGAAGAGGACGGCGAAGAGGAGGUCGCCGAAGUCAUCGAGGAGGAGGGAGAGGAAGAGAACGCCGCGGGUGGUGGCGAAGAUGGCGUGGAAGAAGUAGACGGCGCUGAACAUUGGGAAGAAGCAGCCGAAGGCGCGGACGAAGAAGUCGAGGAGGGCGCAGAAUAUUACGAGGAGGGCGAAGGCACAACCCAGGAUGGGGAGUGGGACGAAGAGGUGGAAUGCCUAGACGCUGACGAUGCGGAGGUCGUAGAUGACGUGUACGAUGCCGAAGGUGCUGAGGGCGAAGGCGGCGAAACGUACGCUGGCGAGGAAGAGGGACAGGAAGGCGACGACGCAGAGUGUGCCGAAGAUGGACAGGGUGACGGGGAUCACGUGAUGGAUGCGCCCGCAGUACACGAUGAGACAGCUCGUGACACUCCAGCAGUGUUGCGUGACACUCCACGUGACGGAGCACCGACAGAAGGUGCUGGUGAGAAUGAAGCUGAAAGCUCUUGCGUGUGCAACAAUAUCGAGGAGCAGGAAGGUGAGGGCGCAAUGGAAGACGGGGAUGGAGAGGCGCCGACAGACGAGACAGUGGCAGCUGAUGACGGUGCCGAGGGUGAGAGUGCCAAGUGUGAAACGGCAACAUCUGAGCCUACUUCUGUUUCAGAGGAGACAACCGUGGAGAUAACACAGCUGUCGGAGCUGUGCCCCACUGUGGUCUUCGAGCAGCCCGAGACCAUCACUGAAUCAUUUCGCGACAGCAUCCAGAGAUCGGUACAGCUAUUCAUUGAGCGGCUGCUGCGUGAUGCUAAAGAGUUGGGCCCAGUGGCACAGCAUACAAUGGCCGACCAGGGUGAGAAGGUGGCAUAUGGCUGCAGCCUCUGCAACGUCCAGAUUGACCAGCCCGAGCAGUUUGACUGCCACGUUGAGAGUGCGCGGCACAUGAAGCGCCUUCGUUGGAUGUACUUCAUGGGUCUCAACAAGGACCUGAGCCAGUUCUUCUGCCGCGUGUGCCACAUUUCAAUGCCCUGCCGGGACCACUUGAUCGGACACCUGCGCAGUGAAAGACACGUGUGCCUUAGCAAGGCGCUCAAUGUGCAUCCGGGCUAUACAGAGUACCUGCUGCUCCAGCACUUCACCAGAGCCAAGGUGGAAAGCAUGCUCCAGUCGCUCCAGCAGCCUGCCGCCAGAAGUCAGCAGGCGGCCACCACCGAUCAGGGGAAGGACCAGAGAGGAGCGGAUACGCAGCCGGAUACGAGCGGGGUGAAUGCAGGCGGUGGACAGCAGCAGCAGGUCAGCCAGGUGUUCCCGUACCGCUGUGACAUGUGCCAGGUCUUGGUGCAUCACGAGAGCCAGCUCGAGACGCACUUCAAGGGUAAGAAGCAUCGAACUAAGCUUGAAGAAUUGGUGAAGCAAGGAAAACUGCAGCAAGCCACCGACAGUGGUGAAGGCGCUGCCAAGGGUUCCAAGGAUGCUGGCAAGCAUGUACAUGCCAGCACUGACAGCUCAAGCACGAGCAAGCAGACCAGCGGGAAAGGAACAGCAAGCAAAGCGACAGACAAGGACCGAAAGGGUGGCCAUCACUCGAGAGAUCGGCAUUCGAGGGACCACUCCCGCAGCGACUCACGGAGGGGUCGGAGCAGUUCGAGGGACCGGAAGGCCCAUACCAGUUCCAGGGACAGCGCUUCCAGAAGGGGUGACCGCAACCGCAGUGCCGCUCAUGGUAGCUCCGGCCGUAGCCAUUCCAGAGACGGUGCAUCAUCGAGGAAACCAUCUGGUCGAAGCACUUCAGAUGCCCACAAGGAUGGCGUUAAAGGGAGCAGCAGAACUUCCAAGAGCGAUGCCAAGGACUCGGGAAAGCCAGCUUCACAGGGGGAAGCGAAGCCCCACGACACCAAGAAGGACGCACCCGAAGGGGGCCCGGCUGAAGAUGGCACCAAAGUCGAAGGCACUGAGGAAUCUACGCCUGCUGGUGCAGUGGACAGCACCGGAGAAACCAAAGAAGAUGCCACUGUCGUCAGUGGCAACAAUGCGGCUGCAGCAUCAGAAGCCAAAGGUGCUUCGACCAAUGCCGAAGCCAAAGGUGAACCAAAGACCGACUCUGAAGGCACCACCACGAAAGACCAAAAAGAGGUAAGAAGUGAGGACUCCAAGAAAGACCGGGAGGGCAACUCCGGCGACCGUUCGAGAACAAGGCGUAGGCGGCUGUCGCGCAGCCGUAGCCGCAGUCAUUCCAGAGGCCGGCCCAGAGCUGGACUUGGGCCGAGGCCGGCCCCGAGCCUAAGAGACCCGAAGCAUGACGUGCGCCGGGACUCUCCGCCACGCAGACACGUGCGGCGAGAUUCUUCGCCAGUGCGGAGAAGGCCCGAAAUCCACAGCGAGUCAUCCCGAGGCUCCAGACGGUCAAGGUCCCGUUCCAGGGAUAGAGGACCGAGGGGGUCUUCGCCUGGGACGUACAACUGUCACACCUGCAACAUGGUGCUGCACUCGCAUCAGGAGUACCACGAGCACUUUGCCUCUCGGGCACAUCGCCUUGCUCUUGGCCUGCAUGGGCCUGGCGUGCCCGGCCGCAAACGAUCACGCUCACCAAUGCCCCCCUUGCGCCGGCGGUCGCCGCGAAGAUCGCCCCGCCGGUCCCCACGUCGCUCUCCACGGCGGUCCCCUCGGCGGUCUCCACGCCGGUCUCCGCGCCGGUCGCCGCAUCAUUCGCCACUCCGGCCGCCGCAUACUUCGCCACUCCGGCCGCCGCACACUUCGCCACUCCGGCCGCCGCACACUUCGCCACUCCGGCCGCCGCACACUUCGCCACUCCGGCCGCGGUCUCCCCUGCGGCAACACUGGGUGGGUGGACCGCCACGCAAGCGUUCUCCGGAUGGGUUUGGUGACAGUGGAUUGCCCAGAGACCUGUUUGCACAGAGCCAGAGUGCGCCUGGAGCUUUUCCCGGGGCCCUCUUAGCUACCCAGGCGGGACUCCUGGAAGACUACACAGAACGCCGUGGUGGUGUCGGGAUGGCUGCGAGUGCAAACACUGUGGCGGCCACGCUGGAGACCAUGAUCCAGCUCCAGCAGAAGCUGCUCUCCAUGACGGCUGCCCAGCAACAGCAGGCUGUGUCUACCGGCUUGGUGGGAGCCACCAGUGCAACUAGUGGGUCGGGGAUGCCGGGGUCAGCAGGCUCUUACCGAGCUAAUGACUUCUCGCCUUCGUCCGACCUGCAGAAGAGCCUGCAGCAGCUCAGGCAGAGCCAGCGCUACAAUGUGGGCUCCACAGCACCUUACAGUGGCACCCCCUCUGUUGGAUCCCAACCACAGCACACGCAGCCAAUGGCACCACCUUACGGAACUGGUUCCACAGUGGCACCCCUGCGGGACGUCGGUUCCAGCUACCAGAGUAGCACCAUGGAUGCAUACUCCAGCAAGAAGGGGCCUCCUUAUGGGGCCGCAGCUGGUGCUUACUCACAGACCGGAGCCCCGGCAAGCAGCACGUACGGCACAGGCGCAGGUGCCUACGCCAGCAACCCUAGUGCAAUGAGCAGCAGCAGCUUCACUGGGAGCAGCAUCUCCAGCGCCCUCGAGCGCACCAACGAGUACCGCAAGAGCAGCCUUGGUCCCACAGCGCCCAUUCCAACCAGCUACGGACGGCUGCCACUGGGUCACCUUGGGCGUGGUGGCCCCGGCAUCAAACGCUACUGAUCUCACUAAGUCAGCACGGGAAAAGCAGGAUCCUUUUCCCCAUCAUUUGGUUGUUUCUCAUUUGUGUACAUAUCCUUUACACUCAAUAAAGAAAAUGGUCAUUUGUUGCAUAA